GGCAUAGUGCUAAUUGUUAAUACCGUUCGGUCCACCAAAAUCCUGGGAAAAUUUAAAUCGCUUCACUGUUCACUGCAAAACCCUAACAAUCCACGAACAGAGCUCGGUCAAGAAUGGUUGGAACGAAUCUGAAGGCGGAGACAAUGAGUUUGAUGGAGAAGCGAACGGCGGUCGAAGCCGAGAUGAAUGCCAUCAUCCACCGUCUAUCUCAACCCGGCGGCCCUGGUCUCUCCGGCAAUCUCAUAGACGCUGAGGGCUUUCCUCGUUCUGAUAUCGAUAUACUUCACGUUCGAGCUGAACGACGUCGCCUUGCUGAGUUGCGAAAUGAUCAUCAGGAGAUAAGUGAGAAAAUAAAUGAAAAUAUACAACUUCUUCAUUCGGCAAGGCUCUCUAAUGUGUCAUCAUGUGUCAAAGAUUCAGGUAAUGAUGCAGACUCAAAUCAAAACUCAUCACUAGUCAAUGCUGAUGCCUCUGCAUUCCCAAGCAAUAACAUUCAGAGAGAUUCUCCAGUUUCCAUGGAUGUGGAUUUGAUUAUCAGCAAACCCUUUGCACUUAUUGAUGAAAUUACUGAUGCAUCUCCAGCAGCAGAGGAUGGCUUACAGCUUGGAGAUCAGAUUGUGAAAUUUGGGAAAGUAGAAGCUGGUGAGAAUUUGCUAGAAAGGCUUGCUUCUGAAGGCCGGUCAAAUCUGGGUCAAGCAGUACCUGUAGUGAUAAUGAGGCAAGGAGCUGUGAUAAACUUAACAGUGACACCACGAACAUGGCAAGGCAGGGGUUUACUGGGAUGCCAUUUCCGGAUCUUAUAGUCAGUUAUAUUUUCAAUUCAUAGUUUGGAGGAUGUGAGCAGACCAAUUGAUGGAUGCCACUUAAUGGGUGCAGUCUUUUACCGAUCACAUGUCUUUUUGGUUCAAAAGAAUAAAAUCUUCCACUUUAUCUUACCGUAUUUGACCAUUGCAUGCUUGAUAGAAUUACUCAACUUUUACUUUUAUUCUCUUGACAACUUUACUUUCUUUUCUCCCUCUCUUGUUAUUCCAUACUUAGGAUUAGUCAAUCAAAUCCUGAAUUCUUCUCUCAUUAUUCCAUUCUUGAAAGUUGCAUUUUCA